GAGUCGAGAAGCUUCACGACUCAGAGUAGCUCAGCAUGCGUGAAUCUCGCAUGUAGCUGGGAGCCCAAGCCUGCUCUCAGAGGCGGAUCAGCGAUGGCUGCGGGCGACUGGAGUUCCCUCUCCAUCCCCGGUGCCAGUGCUAGUCCCAGUCGUGCGGACACCGUGGCGGCGGCCUUGGAGAAGGACUUGGAGGACGAGCGCCGGGAGCGCCGGGAGCAGGUGGCCUUCCUGAACCGGAUCUGCGCGAAGGAGCGCGAGCUGCUGGUAGGCCGUGCAGAAUCGUUCCAGCGUCAACUGGUGGAGGCCAAAGACCUUUGGGAGCGCGAGAGGGCCCUCCUGCAGGAGCGCCUCAGCGUGGCCGAGGGCGCUGGCCGAGAGGCUCUUCAGAGGGACAUUUUAGGCCUGCGACAAAGUGAGCAGGGUCUGGAGGCCAGGCUGAGCGAAGAGGAAAAGAAGUGGUCUGGUUCUGUUGCCGAGCUAAAGGAGCAGCUUGCUGGGUCGAGGUCGGAGCUGGAAGCCUCCAAGAGGGAGGCGACCAACUCGGGCGCCCGCACUGCGGAGGCGGAGGCGAAGCUUCAGGAGCUGCGCCUGGAAUUGGUGAGCUGCCAACAUCAGCGGGAGGAAGCCGCGGGCGCUUUUAAGGAGGUUUUGGGCAAGCGAGCUGCCAGCGAGGCGGAGGCGCUUUCAUGGCUGCGGCAGGAGUACACUGAGCAGCGACAGGUCUUGCUGGAUGAAGCCAGCGCAGAGGUGCACAGCCUGCGCACAAAGGUCCAGACGCUUCAGCAGGAGAGGGACCGGGCGGAGAGCUCGUCCCUCGCGAAGCUCCGGGAGGCGCAUGCUGAGGCGGAAGAAGUCACAACCAAGCUGAGGUCAGAGUACGAGGAAGAGAACCAAGAAGCCCGGUCAAGGGCUGCGUGGCAGCUUCAGGCUGCAGACGACAUGGUGGUGGGUCUCCGAAGGCGAGUAGAGCAGGAGACUGAAGCACAUUUGUCCUGCCGUGCUCAGCUGUCAGCUGCCAAGCGCGAGGUCGCGGAGGAAUCUGCCAGCCUCGCUGCAGUGCUGAGCAGCAGCGUGGAGCAGCAGCGGCUUCUGCAGGAGAAGGCGGUUCUCCUCAUCGAGCGGCUGAGGGGGCACCCGCCGGGGCAGGAGCUGUCAGACUCCCUUUGGCCGAAGAUCGCGUCCCUGGGCAGCUCCCCGCGCUCGCCGCCUCGGCGGGUGGAGGGCUCGUGGCUCUCCAGCGUGUCCAAGGAGGACAUGUCCGGGUGUUCCCUGACUACGGCGUUGCCGCUGAGAUAAUUCUUGCAGGAACUCUGCAGACAGGUCAGUGCGAGGUGCUCCUGGGAUGUGCAGUUGAAUGCCAUGAAGGGGAAUUACCCGCUUUGGCGUAGCGUGUGGUGUCAUGAACCGACUGGAGGGCCAACCAAUCCUGGCCAUGAAGACUGUUGCCUGGGCUUUACAUGGGAUCUUUUUGAAAGGUCGAUUCGCUUUGGGCGGCUGAGCUUAUAUAACUAUUGCUUGACUAGUCACUUGCUC